CCUUGCUUUGGGGUGCUGAAUGAAAUAAGCGGAAGAGCCGACAGACGGAAGUGGUCUGUCAGGGAAGAACAUUUUGCAGAAUUAGACACAAAGAAGCUAAAACAAUUUUAUAUUUCGAUUUAAACGUAUUCCCCAGUCCAUACCAGUGUCCGCUGCAAUGAUUCUGCUAGAAAUCAACAACCGGAUUAUAGAAGAGACGCUGACGUUGAAAUUUGACGGCGCAUCCAAUGGGACUAAACCAGAGGCAGUGGAGGUGACAUUUGCAGAUUUCGAUGGUGUCCUCUACCACAUCUCCAACCCCGAUGGGGACAAGACCAAGCUGAUGGUCAGCAUCUCCCUCAAGUUCUACAAGGAGCUGCAGGAGCACGGAGCUGAUGAGCUGCUGAAGCGGGUCUAUGGGAACUUCCUGGUUUCACCCGAGGCAUGCUACAACGUGUCCCUGCUCUUUGACCUGGAUGCGGUCCCGACCAACAAGGAGGAGGUGAUCCACCAGGCGGGCAUGCUGAAGAGGAACUGCUUCGCCUCGGUGUUCGAGAAGUACUUCAAGUUCCAGGAGGAGGGCAAGGAGGGAGAGAAGAGGGCUGUGGUCCACUACAGAGACGAUGAGUCCAUGUAUCUGGAGGCCAAGAAGGACAGAGUGACGGUGGUGUUCAGCACAGUGUUCAAAGACGACGAUGACGUCAUCCUUGGGAAAGUGUUCAUGCAGGAGUUUAAGGAGGGUCGGCGAGCCAGUCACACAGCCCCCCAGGUUCUGUUCAGCCACCGGGAGCCGCCCCUGGAGCUGAAGGACACUGACGCUGCCGUCGGAGACAACAUCGGAUACAUCACCUUCGUCCUGUUCCCACGUCACACCAAUGCCAACGCCAGAGACAACACCAUCAACCUCAUCCACACCUUCAGGGACUACCUGCACUACCACAUAAAGUGCUCCAAGGCCUACAUCCACACACGUAUGAGGGCUAAGACUUCUGACUUCCUCAAGGUGUUGAACAGGGCACGACCCGACGCUGAGAAGAAGGAGAUGAAGACCAUGUCGGGCAAGACGUUUUCCCGCUGAGGCUGGUCCACACGCGCACUCUGACCCCUAGACACGCCCAAUCGCGCCACACCAAGAAUCGACGCCACAUUGGACAGAAUCACAGGCCCCACCCCGCCCCUAAAGCCCUGCCCAGCGCGUGUCCAUCCUGUGUCUUUUUAAAAUAAAGUUGGCUCCUCUUUGAAUAAAGUUGUCUCUUCUUAGGGAAAUCCAGGCUUAAAAGAAUAAAAAGGGCAUUCCUUGCUUUG